AUGAAACUUUGUCUACGUGAACAACUCUUUUCAGGAACAGAAAUUCGUUUAAAAGUUCAAGAAUUAGCUGAGUGUAUUGAACAUGACGCAUGUGGUCGUCCAAUUGUAUUCAUCGUCGUGUUAAAUGGAGCAUUUAUUUUUGCUUCGGAUCUCAUACGUUUCAUUCGAAAUUCAGAUAUUCAAUUAGAUACCAUAUGUACAUCUGCAUACAAAAAUGAAAUGAUUUCAAGUGAACAUGUUCAAUUACGAAAAGAUAUUGAUCUAAAUUUACAUGAUCAUUAUGUGGUGCUCAUUGAAGAUAUGAUUGAUACAGGACGAACUUUAAAAUAUUUAUCCAAAUAUAUUAUAAAUAAAUAUGAGCCGUAUUGUUUGAAAAUCUGCACACUGUUAGAUAAACCAUCGAGACGAUUGACCGAUUUAAAACCGGAUUAUGUUGGAUUUACAAUUGAUGAUUUAUUUGUGGUAGGAUAUGGUAUUGAUUGUUGUGAAAAAUAUCGACAAUUACCCUAUAUUGCUUAUGUAGAAAAAAUAGCGGAAGAUAGUUAA